AUGAUAUUUAUCUCUAAAUCUUUUCCUUUUUAGGUAUUUUUCCAAAAUAAGUUAAUUUUUAUUUACAAUUUUAUUAUUGUAUUAAAUCUAUCCCACAAGCAUCGUAUUUAAUAAUUUCUGCUUUUCUAUAAACUCGAGCUUUUGAACAUUUAAGUUGUGAUUGAUUCUGAAGCUGUAAUUCAUUAUAUCAUUAACAUUUUAUGGGUAAUUAAUAAGGAUCGGAAUUUGGAGACCUUAUGGUUAGAACAGAAAAAUCAAUUUACUUUGCUGGAGAUGUUGUGAAAGUAAAUUUUCUACCAUUUUAGGAAACAUAUACCUUCAUAUCAUAAAAUCAGGGUAUCGAGGAAACGUCUUUCAAUUUUCAAUAGGAGGAAAGAGAAAACUAGAUGGUAAACUGAUUCUGGGAAAAACAUCAUUACACAUUAUGGGAAAAAUGUAUUCUAUAAAGACACUGUUUUAAUAAAAACGUUUUUAGUCGAAAAGUUAAUGAUUGGACAAUUUAUGUUCACUUUUGACUAGGUCUUCUAGUAGAUCUGCCUGGAUCUUUACAUUAUUCGGAUUGUCUUCUGGCAAGUGUUGGCUACAAAAUUAAAAUUCGAGUAAUAUCAACCUCUAAAUCAAUUAAUGAUAUUAAGAAAGAAUAAGAAAUAAUCAUUAGAGAACCAAUUAAAGAAAUAUUAUAAGUUCCUUAAGAAAAAGAGACUUCUAAUCUGAAGACAUGGUGCUGAAAAAUCAAGGAGUAAAUCUCAUGUUAUAUCUAGUCCUGUUCUAUAACUGGGAAGGUAGAGAGGAAUUGAUAUUAACCAGGAGAAUAUGUUUAAAUAGUGUAUAAUAUAGAUAAUUCAUAUUGUAAGCUUAACAUAAGAAAUGCUGAUGUGAUUAUUAUGAGUAUGCUAAACAUCAAAUCUUGUUUUGGUUCUUAAGACUGUAUAGAAUUGAAAAUUAACUCCUUAUCACGGAAUGGAAUAUAAAAAGGAACGAAACUAUAAUCAUCUGCAUCAACAGGAACUUCAUUGCGUUUGGUUAAUGCUAAACAUCCAGCGAUUGUUCUCACACCUUCACAGGUGGUAAUCUUGUGA